AUGGGCUUCUUCCUUCUCUCUUUACUUGUUGCUGCCGUUGGCCAGAUAAGCACGGUGGCUUCGCACCCCUUUGAGCUUGCUCCACGAGCUGAUGACCUAUGCCCUGCAGGCGAGGUUGAAUUUACCGACACGGUUAGAGAUAUGUUCACGGGCUUUACCUCCAACUACUGCCGGCUUCAUAAACCUGGGGAGGAGGAGACUUGGUCCACCGGCAAUUUCUGGGUGACAAUUUCUUCGUCGGCCGACGGUUGCGCUGCACCAGCCUCUAUGCCAGAGAAUGAGUGCAAAGACUCAUUCAAAAAAUCUAUCGACGCUUGUUCCGUUGGAUCCAAGAUUUCGGGCGGCAAUUCUCUUUGGACUGGGCCAGAUGGAACUUGCCUGAAAUUUUCGAUUCACACUGAACCCCUUGAAGUCGAGGUCUUGAAAACCGACAUCGAGUUCCAUGCCGAGCUCAACGAGGUUGACGUCGGGGAGGGUCUGUACUCCUGUGAUGACUAUAUGAAGCUCUUCGACGCGGCGGUCAAGGAAGGCUGCCUGGGGACUGGGUGCGACGUCACCAAGAAGGCGUGUGACGACCAGACUUGUGUGACCAUUGAUGGCACUACGAACCAGGGCGUUGCCGACAAAUUCAAGGGUUACCUCGACCAGCUAAGGGGUGUCAUUGCCGGAUCAUGCAAGACAGAAGCGUACGAAGACUAUUACUGCACCCCGAACGGCGUUUGCAGCACCAAUAAGAGAGUCAAGGUUCAGAUCCCGUCGUUCCUCGGCUCCUCUACGGCUAAAGACGGGGAUACCUUUGUUGCGAACUACAAGGUCUCGUUCACUGAAAAGGAAACGAAGAGUGCAUGCGACAUUGUUACAGCCUUGCGGUGGGCAGGAAAGUCAUGUUUGAUAGCUCAGGUCGAGGGCAGCUUCAACGCGCCCCUUCGGAUCGCUGCGGUAGAAUCCAACAUGAAAGCGGCAGCCGCUUUCUACAAAUAG